AACAUUAUCAGUUAUAUACAAUCAUAAUCAUAAUAUGACUCCAUUCAAUUCAUUUCUAUUCAUUUAUUCAUUUAUUUGUAUUAUCCAUCAUUUAAGUAGUAUGAAUGUUAAUGGACAAUCUAUAAAAUUUAGUAAAAUAUCUGAUAAAGUGAAUUAUGCAAAUCCAGAUCAAGCAGGAUAUCAUCAUUGUGCAUUUUGGCAUUUAUCAGACGGUCAUUCAAUCAUUGCAUCAUGUACACCAUUCACAAUGCAACGUUGUGGAAAAAAUUUAGAAUUUGAUUAUAAAUGUUGUGCAGGUUAUGAAAAAAUCGAGAAAUUAUCAUAUACAUUUAAAGAUUUUAAAAAAGGAGAAUGUGCUCUACAACUUUCACCCUAUGAAAUGUGUAUGGAGUUAAUAGGGAAUCAAUCUGACAUAUCUCCAUUUGCAGAUAAAAUGAAAUCACUUAAUCAGUUCAAUACAAAAACUCCUGAUAAACCAUAUACAAUAUUUGCACCAAGUACUAGAAAUGCAGAAAAAUAUAAAGAUUUUACAAAUUCUGCUGAACAUAUUGUUCCAGGUCGAUUUUAUUUGAAAGAUUUAAAAAGUGGACUACAGCUAAAUACUUUGGAUCCUAAAAGAAAACUUUAUGUAACACGAGAACAUUAUGGAACUGUUUCAGUUGAUUGUGUAGAACUAGUUGAUGCAGAUAUGGAAUGUAACUCUGGCAUUAUACAUACGAUUAGAUAUCCUUUAACAAAUAUACGAAACUUAGACAGAUCAUCUAUUCUUAGCUUAUUGGAAUCUCAUCCAGAAACUCAAGCAUUUGCUAAAGAUUUAUCCGCAGUAUUUAAAAAUAAUUUCAAGAAUAUUAACUCUAAUCAACGAUAUACUGUAAUAGUACCAAGUCAAAAGACAUGGGAAUUAUUACGUCAAAAGUAUUCAGGUGAACAACUACAAAAAAUUGCAGCUAAUCAUGUUAUAUCAAAUCAAUAUUGUUCAGGACAUUUAAUUCAUUCAUUAGAAAGUUAUCAAUCAUUAUUAGGUGAAAAACUUGAAUUUAUUUGUGAAACAGAUUCAACUGGUAAAGAGAAACAUUAUGUUCGUACAAUAUUUGGUAACAAACAUGAAAUAACAAUAACUGAUUUAACAGCUACAAAUGGUGUAGCACAUAUUAUAGAAGAUACAUUAAUUCCACAUUCUGUUAUAACAUUCAAAGAAUUCAUUCAGAAUAAACAAUAUGGUGAAAAGUUGAAAGCUACUGAAUUUCUAAAUCUUCUUAAUGAAUGUGAUAUAAAAAUGGAACCAGGAGAGAAAUAUGCUAUAGUUUUACCUCAAGAUAGUUCAAUGAAAUGGUGGUCAACUUAUCCACAAUUUCAAGAACAAUAUAGACGUUUUCAAGUUGAUAAAGAAUAUCGUUGUCAUGUGGCACGUUAUCAUAUUAUGAAAAGUAAUGAUCGUUUAAAUAAUAUUGGUAACUUCGCUAGUCAUACACAAGGUCAUCGUACACUUAAUCCAAAUGAACCAUUAUAUGAAACAACUUAUUUUAAAAAAUCUCCAUAUGGAUCACAGUUGAAUUUUCAUUAUUCUCCAAUCAAUAAUCUUGAAUCCAUCGAGUUAGAUGAUGUAACUCUCUAUGUUACUCCAAGAAUUAAUGUUCCACCGGACUUAAAUAUGACCGAUAUUUUAAAAAAUCGACCUGAUACUACAAUUGCUAAAAAUCAAACGGAAAAAGCUAAAAUGGACGAAAAAUAUUUCCAAAAAAUGCGCCAAAAAAUCUAUAUCUUGUCACAACAGAUAAUGGUUGGAAGGAUCCACGAGCUACACCAACUACAAUUAAUCCAUAUAAACCUGAAUUAAAUAUAUACACAGAUAAAAAUUUAGAAAAUUACUUGUUACUGAACCAUAUACCGUUAUAUUUAUGGGGAGGAGAUAUUGGCUAUUUCGAGAAGAACACAAUACAUAAAUUCAUGUCUUCUGUUGGUGUAGAAUUAUUCUUCUGGAUGGAUAAUAAUGGAAUAAUGCGAAUUGGAUAUGAUGGUCUACCACGUGAUCAAUGGCCUAAAGUGAUUCAAUGGAAUUUACCUGCUCGUGAUGGUAUUAUUUGGUUAUUAGAUGGUAUAUUAAAAUGUCCUGAAAAAAUUUGUCCAUUAAUUGUUGAAGAUGUAGAUUAUUAUGAUGUUUAUGUAAUGGCAUGUCAAACAUCAGUAUUACCUGGUGAAAAAGAUCCUGUUGCACAAUUUGAAAGUAGACCAUUAGAUAUUGCCAGUCGACAUCCUACUCUAUGUACUGUGGUAUUACAAACAAGUGAAACGACGGUUACACUUAUUGAAUCUUAAUUAUAAUAAUAAUUCAUAUUAGAAUUAUCAUAGAAAGUAAUAAACAAUCCCAGGAUGUGUUUUAAUUCCUUUGAAUUUAUUCCCUUCAAAUAUAAACCUAAUAUAAUCAUAGUAUUCAUUAUUAUGGAGUUUUAUUAAAACGUACUUCAUUAAACCCUCUUUCUAUG